AUGACGCUUCAAAGGAGAAAAAAUUAUUGCACCAGAAAAGAAUGUAAGGAAGAAAGUUGCACCCACAUGUUUAUUCAGGAAAAGGGUGUCCAUGUUGGAAGUCGGUGUUGUGUGUGCUCUCAAUGUGGGAAAUCUUUUACAACUACCUCUCGCCUUCAUAACCAUCAGAGACUUCAUACUGCAGAAAAGCCUUAUAAAUGCAGUGAAUGUGAAAAAUCUUUUACAAGUAGCAAUGGUCUCCAAUAUCAUCAGAGAGUACACAUUGGAGCAAGACCUUAUCACUGCAGUGAAUGUGGGAAGUCUUUUAUCACUAGCACUGAACUUCAUUGUCAUCAGAGAGUUCACACUGGAGAAAGGCCUUAUGAGUGCAGUGAAUGUGGAAAAACGUUUACAACUAAAGCUCACCUUCAUAAUCAUCACAGAAUUCAUACAGGAGAAAAACCUUAUCAAUGCAGUGAAUGUGGGAAAACUUUUAUACAAUCCAGUGGUCUCCAAUAUCAUCAGAGAAUUCACACAGGGGAGAAUCCUUAUAAGUGCAGUGAAUGUGGGAAAUCUUUUACAAGUAGCAAUGGUCUCCAAUAUCAUCAGAGAGUGCACACUGGAGAAAGGCCUUAUCACUGCAGUGAAUGUGGGAAGUCUUUUAUCACUAGCACUGCACUUCAUUACCAUCAGAGAGUUCACACUGGAGAAAGCCCUUAUGAGUGCAGUGAAUGUGGAAAGUCUUUUACAACUAAAGCUCACCUUCACAGUCAUCACAGAAUUCAUACAGGAGAAAAGCCUUACCACUGCAGUGAAUGUGGGAAAACUUUCACACAAGCCAGUGGUCUUCAAUAUCAUCAGAGAGUUCACACUGGAGAAAAGCCUUACCAAUGCAGUGACUGUGGGAAAUCUUUUACCACUAACACCAACCUUCGUAGUCAUCAGAGUGUUCACAUUGAUGAAAAGCCUUAUCAAUGCUGUGAAUGUGGAAAGUCUUUUACAAGUGGCACUCGUCUCCAAAUUCAUCAGAGAGUUCACACUGGAGAAAAGCCUUAUCAAUGCAGUGAAUGUGGGAAAUCUUUUACUGGUAGCACUAGUCUCCAAUAUCAUCAGAGAGUUCACACUGGAGAAAAGCCUUAUCAAUGCAGUGAAUGUGGGAAAUCUUUUACCACUAAGUCCUACCUUCAUAGUCAUCAGGGAGUUCAUACAGGAGAAAAGGCUUAUAAAUGCAAUGAAUGUGGGAAAUCUUUUACCUGGAGUACUUACCUUCGUAGUCAUCAGAGAGUUCACACUGGAGAAAAGCCUUACAAAUGCAGUGAAUGUGGGAAAUCUUUUACAAGUAACUCUAACCUACAUAAACAUCAGAGAAUUCACACCGGAGAAAAGCCUCAUAAAUGCAGUGAAUGUGGGAAAUCUUUUACCACUAGCGCUCACCUUCAAUAUCAUCAGAGAAUUCACACUGGAGAAAAGCCUUAUAAAUGCAGUAAAUGUGUGAAAUAUUUUACAAGUAGCAAUGGUCUUCGAUACCAUCAGAGAGUUCACAUUGGAGAAACCCGUUAUGAGAGCGAUUAAUGUGAGAUAUCUCUCAACCAAAUUUGUAAAUUUGCUCUGCACCAAAGAGUCCAAAUAUGAAAAAUUUCUUAAAUGUGUAGGAAAUUUUUUUCUUAGUUAGGACUUAACAAUAGUAUAAGAACAUUUCUGAAGUGUCAGUUUGAAUUAUAAUUUCAUACAUGUAAUCACCUACAUUAUGUAACGUCACCCAACUGUUUUUUGUUGUUGUGUUUGUUAGUAUGUAUGUUGGGAACCAUAUGUAUCUCGGUUGCACUAUCCAACAUACAGAGAUGUCUUGCCAUGUCUAUAUCACUGCAUAUUUCUGUCACUGAAGGUAUUUCACCUGAACCACCCAUAGGCCCCUACAGAUGGCAUCAAUCACCAUCCUCAUGUGCACAGGGAAGCUAACUCUGUUGUCUAAUUUGUUGAAGGAAAUUAGGAAUAACUGAGCCCUUAAUUCCUCCGUGUUUCCCUGUUAGGAGUUGCCACAUAGGACUGAUGACUGUUGGCCCCGGUAAACAUAAUGUUGCUGAGGAACUGCCAUUUGCAGAGACAAUCUUUCCCUAGAUGCCAGUCAUGAAUUUAUUGUGUGCCUAAGUCACUAAUGGAAGAACUGCCAGUCUUAGGUCUCUAUCUUUGCAGAAUAAUAAAGGCUAUUUCUAAGUCAUUUUUAAUGUUGGGUGUUCUAUUGGCUCUAUGGGUUUAUUAUAAGGAGAUCCAGACUCUGCAAGCAUGAUGAUGUGAAAACUUUUAUGCAGUCUCUCAUAUUUUUGCCCUUGGGGGAAGACUGGUGCAGAAAUUAGCUCAACAGUUUUUGCCAAAUUUACGUUGCUGCCCGUAAUUUCCCAGGAAACACUGUGGACUCUCUAGUCCUCAUGUGAAGAUGGAUGCUUUGAGACAGAGAUCACUCCAAAGAGGGGGUAGCUGUGACAACCUCAAAUAUAUCUGGGAGCAGCGUGAACUUUUUUCUUAUUUUCAGGGGAUGCUAAGACAUUUGAAGGGAACCUCCUGCCCAGGUCUUGCAGAGGACCAUGUGCCCUGAAGCCUUCAAUUCCACGGGGGCUGGUCACUGGUGGGAGGACCAGUUAGGGGAAACCCUUUCACUGCAGAAACACUGAUCUACUUGUUGUCCGGCAGACUGCCGCCCAUUAGAUGAAAGGGUCUUCAUCUAAACCAGCAUGCAGAAACUUUUUUGAGAAAAAGACUACAGGAGCGAUGUGUGCACAGAUCUGAGGGACUCCAGGCAUGUUUAUCUUCUGUGGAACGGUCAUUGUCAUUGAAUAUAAUGAAGAGGUUUUGUGGGUUCCUGUAGCUUCUCAGAUGUUCCCAUCAGAGCCAUUGGUGCUCUGGCAGCAAAAAAAGAUGAAGACAAAGGCUGUCUUUAGUCCAGGGCUGUGGCUUUUGUGACCCAGCCAGCAUACCAGUGGGUUUGGGUGAAAGUUCUUCAUUGUUGCAUUUUCUUUACUGAGGUGAGACUCUCGCCCAGAGGGCAUAAGUAUGGGGAUUGAAUAUAGAGUUGCCAAACCUGUUGUUCCGAAAUAGGUGAACGUACAUUUGUUUUAUAUUGAACCAUUUUUUAAACUGCUGUGAUGAGAAAAUUGCAUGUGUUAAGUGUAUAGUGUUUAAUAAUGCUGACCAUAUCUGUCACGUGUAGUUGCUUCAUGACCUCAUUUAAUCUGUCCUGUUUUUCACAGCUUUCCUAGUAACCAUGGAGUUACUUUCCAUUCUAAUAAAGAACUUGGC